AUGGACUAUUACUGCGUAGCUGCAUUCCCCAGCGGGACCACUCCUGAAUCCGGCGUAGCUAUACGGCUCCACCUGGGAGAUCGACUCCAAGAUUGUCUUUAUUCUGCGGGGAAUGGGACGAUCCACGCGAACAAUGUUAGACAUUAUGCUGGGGAGAAUCACUGCUCUUCAUUCUCCGGGGUUGGGCCGGCGGGGUAUAUCUAUGUGGCUGAUGCGGUUGCGCAUACCGCUGGGAUCGUGAGUGCGAUCUUCUACACUCUCCGCGAGACAUACGGAACCAAUGUGAAGUCUGUGUUUAGGAAUGUGGAUUUCACGGCUGUUUUGUUGGCUGGCACGGUGAUGUUCUCCUCGUCGGAUCGGCAGUAUCUCUUUGAGUACUCAAGGCUCACUGUUACUGCGCCUGGGGGGCCGGGGCUGUGGUUUGGGCAUGUUAUUGCGGAUGCGAGGAUCGUUCGUACGGGGAUUGAUACGGCGUCUGGGAUCUUGCUUACUGCCAAUACGUCGCAGGUGACGCGAGCGUUUGACCAUUUCGCGGGGAGCGAGGAGAACCACGAGAUCCAGCCUGAGGUGGUUAGUGAUGUUGUCGAGGAGUCGGAUCUUGUGGGUGACGUUGUUGCGUAUAAUGGGAGUUCGAUCUCGUGGAGUGUUUCCAAGCAUUCUACUUGGACUGGGGGUGCUCGCGUCGGUGGGCAGGGGUCUGCGAGUUUCUCGAUCUCGGUGGAUGAGUUGUCAACUUGGGUUUUGACGGGAGAUGUGCAUUUGAACGCGUUUAGGAAUGGGGAUGGGAAGCAUGGGAAUAUCCGGUCAAGGGGCACAAUAUCUACUACAACCCGACUGCGUCUGGGCGUGUCUGGUUGGAGAAUGUCGUUGAAUUUGCAAGGUGCGCAGAUUAUGCCUGGCUCUAGCUAG